UACGAUCGCUCUCCCUUCCUCCUGUUCGUUUGUAUCCUCUGCCCAGUAAAUUUUUCAUCCGUUUUUUCCGUUCGCCGACCAAGACGCCGCCGGGACUGCCAAGCUCACCGUCGACCUCCGUCCUCCUCGUCUCCUACCCUCCAUCGCGCGUCCAACCCGUCAAGACCAAGGAAUUGCAGCGGCGACCUUUCUAUGUUCAAUCCAAGGUUGAACUCGACAAAUUUCAAGGUAGGGAUCAAGGAUUUGAUGAGCAGCUUGGUAUCGUAGAGAGUGAUGCCUUGCAAAGUGGCUGGCCCGAAGUUAUUGAAUCUGGAUUAAUGACUCUUUUAACAUUCAAUCUUUCCACAAUUCAAAUCAUGUCGGAGAUGGAAAUUGUCCCUCUUGAAAACCCUAACCCCCAACUCAUCCUAAAUGCCUACACACACGCCAACGUCAUCGAGGGACUCGUUCUUAAGCGUGAGGACAUCCCAGAUGACGUUCUUGCUCCCGUAGACGUGCAAGGUUGGACCGAAUUUCUCAAACUUGAAGCGCCGGUCUACCCGAACUUGGUGUUCGAGUUCUAUGACUCCCUACAAUAUGCUCUAAAAUCAAAGGUCAUCUUGUCAAAGGUUGCGGGUGUUGAUAUUAGCAUUUCCGUUCAAAACCUAGCCGAUUGGUUUCAUCCCCCUCUUGAAGGUCUAACCACCUAUACCAAGAAGGGAUGGAUGGCCGAGUCUGACUCCUUCUCCAUCGAAGAGUGCCUACGGCUUCUAAACACCAAUCCCAAAGCUGGAGAUACUUCCCUUCGCCGUCCGGAAGUUCAAGGCCUAAAGGCAAACAACUUCAUUCUUUUAAAAAUUAUCCGCACGGAUCUCCGGGAGACCGCCUACGAGAUCGUAAUCGGGGCUUGCAGGAGUUCAGGAUCGGGUCGGCCCUUGAAAUACGUCUCCAAUUCCGCCGAUCGGAAUGGUUUGGAGAGGUCGGAGUCCAUGUCUUCCUUCUUGUUUCAGCGGUCGAUGCCGGCUUCUGCUCCUAGCAAGGUGAAGAAGGCGCUGGGAUUGAAGUCCAAGAAAAAGAAUUGCUCGGAUUCGAUGGCGGAUGCUGGUGAGGAUCAGAAUUCAAUGAGCCGACAGCCAGCUUCCACGGUUGGGGAGCUGAUUAGGGUUCAGAUGAAGGUUUCCGAGCAAACGGAUUCAAGGGUCAGAAGAGGGUUGUUGAGAGUAGCUGCAGGACAGCUCGGAAGGCGUAUUGAAUCAUAUGUUUUGCCAAUGGAGCUCUUACAACACCUUAAGAUUUCUGAUUUUCCUAGUCAGCAAAAAUAUGAGGCAUGGCAGAGGAGGAUCUUGAUGGUACUUGAAGCGGGGUUACUGUUGCAUCCAUCCUUGCCCCUUCUCCACACAGACUCGCAGUUUCUACAGCUCAGUGAAAUUAUACAUGGGGCUAUGAUAACACCCAUAGAUACAGGGAAGUACAGCAAUUCAAUGCAAGGGCUCCGCAAUGUUGUAUUAUCUCUCGCAUCCAGGUCUUUUGAUGGUUCUGUCUCUCAGGUAUGCCAUUGGGCAGAUGGGAUCCCGUUAAAUCUUCGGCUCUAUGAAAAACUUUUAGAAGCAUGCUUCGAGGUGGAUGACGCAACAACUAUAAUUGAAGAAGUUGAUGAAUUCUUAGAAAUCAUUAAAAAGACGUGGGUAAUUCUUGGAAUAGACCAAAUGCUGCAUAACAUUUGUUUUUUGUGGGUCCUGUUCCAUCACUAUGUUAUUUCUGGCCAAAAUGACGAUGAUCUGCUAUUUGCUGCUGAGAUUUUGUUGUUAGAAGUAAAUGAUGAUGCACAAACAGCAAAAGAUUCAACUUACGUGAAGCUUUUGAGUUCUACACUUGGCUUGAUCCUAGGAUGGGCCGAAAAGAAGCUUCUUGCUUAUCACUAUAACUUUUACAGGAGUAAUAUUGAUAUCAUGCGAAGUGUAUUGUCUAUUGCAACUCUAAUUGCGAAAUUAGUGGAAGGCAUGUUUAAUGAGUAUCAUAAGAAGCAAGAAGGUGAUGUUGCAUACUGCAGAGUUGAUAAUUACAUCAGGUCAUCACUGCAUAAGGCUUUCACUCAGGCAAGUUACUCUCUUAGCCUUGAUUAUUUUAUCUAGAAAUUAUUAACAUCGUGGCAUAGUGCAAAUGAACUGCCACUUUCAUCAUUCAUACAAUCGUAGCUAUAUACUCCCUUUGUCCCAAAAAUCACAUCCCACUUUGAAGUUUGAACAUUUCCCACUUAAUUUAUUUUUCAUUUAAAGUACUCAAUUGUGACUUAAAAUAUUUGUCUUAACUAAAAAUUUAUAAUCAUG